AUGAAUCUUUUUAAGAGGUUAAUUUUUGUCACUUCAUUUUUAUCAUUUAUUUUAUUUGCGGGCAGUGUAGAAUUAACAUUUGAAUUGCCAGACAAUGCCAAAGAAUGUUUCUAUCAGGAGAUAGAAAAAAACACGUCAGCUACUCUUGAAUUUCAAGUAGUAACUGGUGGUCAAUAUGACAUCGAUGUAACACUAGAAGCACCGAAUAAAGAAAUAAUUUAUCGUCAAGUAAAAACGCAAUUUGACUCUCACACAUUUACUGCUCAAAUGACAGGAGAAUAUAAAACAUGUUUCAGUAAUGAAUUCUCAACAUUUUCUCAUAAGUUAGUCUACAUGGAUUUCCAAGUUGGAGACGAGUUUGCUGUUCCUGGAUUGGAAGAGCACGUUACAGUAAUGACUCAGAUGGAAUCUUCGGCUCAAGAAGUGCACAAAAACUUGGUCCGUAUUGUCGACUUCCAAACUUCUCAUAGAUUAAGAGAAGCUCAAGGACGUAAACGAGCUGAAGAUUUAAACGAAAGAGUUUUGUGGUGGUCCAUUAUGGAAACAAUUGCCAUAUUAGUUACAACUGUUGGACAAGUUUUAGUGCUUAAAAAUUUCUUCACCGAUCGAAAACCUUAUCAACGAUUGUAA